AUGAAUACAAGUACGAUAUUCCCAUCAAGCGACUAUAAUGAUGUAAUUGUUGAUACACCAACAAUUCCUUCAAAACGCGAGCAACGUCUUGACAAAGCGAUUAACUAUUUCUCUUCGGUUAUGUUUGCCAUUCAAGUUAUACUUGCUGCUGUCUUCUCAGGUAUUGAACUUCAUUAUGGUAUUGACUAUCUUAAUCAAUGUCCCAUUCAGCCUUGGAUCAAUAUAUUUCUUAUUGUUCAUGGAUCCACAAAACUUGCUUGGGUUCUAUUAGGUAUUGUUUCUUUUUUCAACGGUAGAGUAAUUUAUAACAUGAUGAACAAGAAAACAUUGGCUCGCUCUAUUAUCAUACUUAUUUUACCUCUUCAACUUCUCUUUGCUUUAUGGUUUCUUGCCUGGUUUAUUGUUGGUAAUGUUUGGGUUUUUUCCUGUAAGAGUCGUGUACAAUAUACAGAUCCCACAAAUACAAGUACCUAUUGUCAACAAACAUUGUACUCAGCUGCAUAUGGUUUAAUUAUUUCGACAUAUAUUGUUGUAGGCAUUGUUGCAAUAUUAACAGUUAAACGACGUGUAAUUGGAAAGACGAUACGACAACGAAUUAGCUCGUAA